GGGUCAUAAUGGAAAGCGGAACGAAAUAAUCGAUAACAGAACAUAGUGAAACGCAGUGGAAAUCGAAAACGUCAUAUGAUCACUGGUGCAAAAGUUUAAGCUGCAAAAAUGGCACGGGCGAUUUUCCUCCUAUUUUCGCUGUUCGUCGCAGCUAACUGUGAUCAGCUAUCGAUUCUCUACUCGCCAAAGGCGCUAGAAUUCCACGGUCAUACCCGAUUGGAUGCUGAGUCUGUAUCGGAUGUGUUUGGUGCUGCCCUCGGUUAUUCGGUAGCUCAUCCGACCGAAUGGGAUGGACUUAUCGUAAAGGACCCCUUCAACAUGGCCAAUGGAGCAGUGGUUGUCAUCGCUGAGGGAAUCGAUUCGCUCACGUUGGAAGGAGCUCAAGCUUAUGAGUUGUACGGUGGAUCCGGAUCAGAUUCGCUUGGAGAGCUUAUUCAGAAGUCAGCUGAUCACAAUGGCAUUAGCUUUGAAGUUGACCUUAAGGAAUCGUCGGACAGCUUCUCCACUCCGCUGGGAACCGUUCAGCCUGAUGACGACGACGUGAAACCUCAGUACCUGAAACCCAAAUCGAACAAGGCCGAUUCUGAUUUUAUGCGUCAGAUUGCUUUCAUCAACGGACUGAGCGAUUUGCUGGUAACUUCAACUGAUGAAAGUGUUCCAACGGUGCACAUCGUACGCGUGUCCCUAGAAGCUAUACUGGCUGCCCAUGAACCAUCAUCUCAGGCCAUCGCUGAAGCUAAGAAGCUUUUAAGCAAUGCCAUGCUCGAACUGCAAACUGCUGCUGAAAAGGCCUUCGAUGGUGCCGUUGUUGUCGGAUUGAUCACUUCCACUGAAGCACCACUGGUUCGCUCCAAGCGACAGGCUGGAGAACCCGAUGAAGCAGACCCUUACAACAUUGCCAUGAAGUACGACAGCAACUAUCCAGUCAUCUUCAACAUCAUCCUGUGGUUCAGCGUUGUUCUAGUCUUCUCGCUGUUCGCUAUUUCGAUGGCCAUCGCAACCAUGGAUCCAGGCAGGGAUUCCAUCAUCUAUCGAAUGACCUCGACUAGAAUGAAGAAGGAGAACUAAGAGUCCAAAUAAGAAAGACAGCAUUCAUAAUAAGCUUCUAUCAUCUUUUGAAAUCCUACAGAAAAAUUGGUGUCAUUCGUGAGUUGCAGGAAAAGCGGCCGCGCCAAAACAAGCAUUAGCUCAGCUGUAAAUUACAAUUAAAAUCAUCCAAACAGCACCUUUCCCUUCUUUUGUUUCGUUGCGGUACAUCUGUCCAGGAAGGUAAAAUUCACAUAGAAAACCCCUUAUUUUUCACAAAAUGCGAUUGCGCUAAAACUAACAUUUGUUCGUUCGAUUAAGUAUUAACAGUUUAAGUAAGUACAAUUUGUAGUAAAGUGCUGUACAUUAAAAGGUGUAAAAGUUUGCGCACCAAAACGGUAUAUUGUUGUUAUAAUUUUGAAUUUUAAUUCGAAGACGAUCACGUUUAAAUAAAGGGAACUAUUCCAUCCCAGAAACAACUGAACCAA